GCGCGGCUUCAGGGAGCUCGCGGAUGACUUCUGCAAGUGGCGGUCGUGCCGCCGCGUGGCAGCUCAUCCAGUUGACGGUGGACUUCCUCGGCGGAUUCUCGAGGGCCUGCGCGCUCCUGUGAUCGGGCCCUCGGCCAGCGAGGGCUCGACGGCUUCUGGGGUCGAGGACGAGCUCACGGACAACAGGGAGGGUGCUGGGGCGAAGGACCUGCUGAAGACCGAGAGCAAGUCCAUACACGAGGCCGUGCGCAACCAUGUCGAGGCCCAGCGCGAGGCGGAGACCAAGCGCGAGCUGAACCACCUGGAGGGCAUCCCUCAGGUGGCAGUCCGCACGGCAGAGUCCGAGCGGCAGUUGGCCAAGCAGGCGCAGAGCAUGAUGGAGGCAGAGCGCAAGGCGAAGGUCGAGGCCGAGAGCGAUCUGCGCUGUCUCGAGGACAUGCUGCAGGAGGCGGUGCGCACGGCAGAGGCAGAGCGCAAUAUGGCGCAGCAGUCGCAGAGCAUGGUGGAGGCAGUGCGCAAAGCCAAAGUCGAGGUGGAGAGCAAGCUCGUGGAGGCAGGGCGCAGGGUAGAGGCCGAGCGCAAGCUCACCACCCUGAAGAACUGGGAGUUCGCAGGCGAGACCACGAAGUUGAUGGUUCGGCAGGCAUACCUCGCGGGCUACGGA